AUGAUGAAGCUCAAGUCCAACCAAACCCGGACGUACGACGGGGAUGGCUACAAGAAGCGGGCCGCCUGUCUGUGCUUCAGGAGCGAGUCUGAGGAGGAGGUGCUGUUAGUGAGCAGUAGUCGACAUCCUGAUAAAUGGAUAGUUCCUGGAGGGGGAAUGGAGCCUGAUGAGGAGCCCAAUGUGGCUGCUGCUCGCGAAGUCUGUGAAGAGGCCGGUGUGAAGGGGACUUUAGGUCGCUUAGUUGGAGUAUUUGAGAACCAGGAGAGGAAACAUAGAACCUAUGUCUAUGUCCUUAUUGUAACGGAGGUGCUGGAGGACUGGGAGGACUCGGUCAACAUUGGGAGAAAAAGGGAAUGGUUUAAAAUAGACGAUGCCAUACAAGUGUUGCAGUGUCACAAGCCCGUGCAGGCCACCUACUUCGAGGCUCUCCAGGAGAGUUGCCUGACCAGUAAUGGAACACCACUGGUGACCACGAUAGGUGGGGACCUCUCCCCUACCUACAGCAUCAAUCAGAGCUCGGUCUCGGGUAUCAGAUAA